AUGAGAGCAAAGGCGGAAGAGGUGAGGAAGCUGCUGUCAUUCGAUCGGCUGUUCUAUGAACACGUACACAAGCCGAGUCUGAGCCCCGUCACUGUCUGUUCCUCUGAAGAGGUGAGGAAGCUGCUGUCAUUCGAUCGGCUGUUCUAUGAACACGUACACAAGCCGAGUCUGAGCCCCGUCACUGUCUGUUCCUCUGAAGAGGUGAGGAAGCUGCUGUCAUUCGAUCUACAGUUCUAUGAACACGUAGUUUGCAGUAUUAUCCCGGGAACAAUCUUCAGAUACCUGACAGCUGUCAUGGGUUGUGCUAUUGGGGUAAUGGGGCCUAAAGUGUGCCAAAACAUGCCAACACCGCCGGCCUUUGUGCAUCCAACAUUGGAUCAGGGUGCCACAGCCUCUGUUGCUGCUGGUGAUCUGUCUCGCUGUGACCCUGUGGUUGCUGUGAGCAAUGCACAAAAGUCUCGGCUCCCCUCUGGCAUGAAUGAGCUGCGGACGACACACGUUAAGAGCAAAUUCGCUUUGGAAAGAACUGCAGCUCUUGAGGUCUUUGAUACAGACACAGCUGUGGAAGAGGACAUCUUCCAUGAAUUGAUUGAAGGCAGUCCACAUUUAUGCCUAACAGUAAUAUGUCUGGAAGAAAAUAUUUCUGCUGGUUUGUGUGAAGAGUUUUCACCCACAAGAUCGUCAACCCCCAGCACAUGCACGGAUACUCUUUCACUCUCUUCAACUGACCAUGAAGAGACAGAGAGAGCAGUGCAUAUUCAAGCCACAAUGGCCAGCAACAGUUUUAACAUAGACUCUGAAAAGGCAAAAGGGAUUGUCCAAGAUGCACUGGAAAAAAAAUCUGGUGGUGAGGAAGUGCUUGAAGAAUACCAGAAAACUAAAACUUUAAAGCACAGCACCAGACGUCAGCUUGUUAAUAUUGUUGUCAGUCACAUGACAGAAAUUCACGGGAGGAUCCCCAACCGCAAACAGAGGGAAACUUAUGCCUUGGGAAUUAUUUCUCUCUUUCCUAGCCUGAGAGACCCGUUUUCAACAAAGGGCUAUAUUAAUCAGGACUUUGCUCUGCUCUUCAAUGCUGAAACUUCCAACAAGUUUCUUGAGCGGUGGGAGACAGCAUUCCAGCAAAAGAUCAUCAAUGAAGCCCAGUCUCUUACAUCAACAGCAGAAAUUCGGUGUCUUCUCAAUGCAGCAUGUGGACAAGGUUCUGAAAAUGGGAGGAAGAAGACUAAGAUCAGUCCAACAGAGGCUGUUGACAGACUUGUGCAUUUCCAUAAGUCCUGCACCAGUAUUGAAGGCCAUCUCAGUGGGAGGGAGGGCCACCAGCCAUUCCUACUGGGAUCAGGAAGGAUUAAGGGCAGGAUCGACCACUUCUACGUCGUUGUGGACAAGCGCCUCAUCCCUUGCGCUGGAUCCAGCUCCUUGAGUGCCUUUGAUGAACUUUUUAAAGUUCACUAUGUCUUCAACCUGUCCUACGAGGAAUCCCUGGUCAACUUCUUUACCUUCCUGCAGACUACAGUUUACAACGUAGAUGUUGGUCUUUCAAGUGAGUCUCCAAGAGUAAGGGAACUGCGUGCAAAGCUUUUAAAUUAG